CAAGGUACGAGUAGGUACACAAUUUUUAGAUAUACACCCCUGAGAUUUCUAUAGCGUGGAUUCGUUUCCAAGGUAACGGCAAUAAUACGUCACUGUCACAUGGAUUGCUACAAUGAAGGUUGUAGCAACAGUUCAUUUCUUCAUUCAUGUAUGUGAAAUGAUUAGCUUCAGUGUGGAACACUAGUUCUUAUAAUAAUAAGAAAUCUACUAAUUAUCCUUUGAUGGAGGAAGAUGGUGGUAAAAGAAUGAGAGGCAGAACUCGUGGUAGAGCUCGUGGAAGAGCUAGAGGCAGGGCAAGAGGUAGAUCUAAGAAACAGGUUAAGAUUAUUGAAAGUGAUGAAGAAGAUACUCCUCAACAAGUAGAAGAAACUCCAGCAGAAGGAGUUGGAACUGAAUUAGAAGAACAUGAAGCUCCACCAACACAGCAACCUUCUUUGGAGCAACAGUUUGAUUUGGAGGCUGAUAUAUCACAGUUGGAAGCUCCAACUUUCACAACUAUUAACAGAGGACCUCCAGAACCAAUGCUUCGUUUAAGAUGGGACCAUAGAGUUAAUCUCAUUGGAGAAAAAGUAUUGAAUCCUAUGAUACAUUGUUGUGACAAAUGUUUAAAACCGAUUCUCAUUUAUGGACGCAUGAUACCUUGUAAACAUGUGUUUUGUUUAUCUUGUGCCAAAAGAGAAGAUAAAGUUUGUCCUCGUUGUAUGGAAAAAGUUUCCAGAGUUGAACAAACUGGCUUAGGUACUGUAUUUAUGUGUACACAUGGGGGAACCAGAUAUGGAAAUGCAGGUUGUAGAAGAACAUAUCUUAGUCAAAGAGAUUUACAGGCUCACAUAAAUCAUCGUCAUAUAUCGGCUCCACCGCAACAAGUUCAAGGAAUGCAGGUUGAUCCUCCUCAGUAUGUGCAUAAAUCAGAUAUAGAAUCACAGUUAACUAAAGUUUCAUCAGUUGCAAUGCAGAAUCCUCGCAUAAAAUCGGUCCAAUCGCAUAUGGUUCAACCAAUAAUGGGAAAUGAUCCUAGAGUGAAUUCGAUGGUCAAUCAAUCCCCGGUCGAACAUAGACAACAUAGGCCGCAGGCCUUAAUAUCAAUGCAAAAUUAUACUCAAAACUCUGGACCUCCUCCACCAAAUAAUGCUCCAUUAAGAACAAAUCUGAUAACUGUGCCCAUUCAAGAUACAGCUAUAACAACACAUGACAUACAUACACAGCAGAGUCAUCAUUACUAUCCUCCUCCACCACCUCAAGUCAAUUAUGGAGGAUACAAUGUGCCACCACCAGCUCAAACACAACAAUAUUAUCCACAACCACAACAUCCUGCUCAAGUAUCUUAUGUGCCACCACCUCCACCACAGCAACAACAGUAUGUAUCUUCAACACCGACUUCAAUAAGGCCAUCUCCAACAGGAUAUAUACAAGAUCCGUCGUAUGGUCCACCACCUCCUCAACAACAAGCUCCACCACCACAGACUCAAUGGUCACAACAUCAGCAACAAUUUUAUAGGUAAAAAAAAUACUGUUUUUAUUAAAAAUUUAUGUGGUGGUAUCGGUUGUGAUGACAUUGUUGUGGGAAAAAGAUACGCAUUCAAAAAUGAUUGUAUAUAUCGUUUUUGAAAAUACGCUGUCCAAUAUUAGAGAAUAUCAAACUCGAAAUAUUUUAUACUUUUCAAGGACUAUAAUUACAGCACUCAGUGGCUAAACUUAUACAAUACUAUAGCAAUAAAGCUGAUUUAAUUAUGCAAA